AUGGCACGCUCUCUGCAGGAACGUGCUGCGACUCAUGAGAUCCCAGAAUCUUUGACGGCAAGCUUCUACCGUCCCACGAGCUCCCGCGCAUCGUGUCCCGCAUCUGCGGACGAACUGCUGUCUCAAUUCUUACCCUCACGCCGUUCCCGUUCGGUUGGCAAUCAGCCCGGAUCUGAAACGACACCGAGCCCUUCAGUGAAGACCAAGAAGGGCCCACUCCUUGAUGGCCAUGCCCAGCGUAAGAGCUAUAGUGGGCCUGGUGACGGAAAAGAUAGUGAAGCAAAGCCAGCCCGGGACCUGGAAAGGGAGCUACAGGCGCAGUCGCAGUCGCACUUAGGGUCUGCCCGGCCGUCCCCGUCACCGGAGGCGACCAAUGGGAAAAGCAUUGUUUUAACAGAUAUAGGAUGCCUCGGCGGCGCUCGCAGCGAUCACCAGCUGGUCGUAUCGUCACCGCCAACAGUCCCCGCUGAAUCGGUGGAUAAUGUCUCCGGUGAUGGACGACCAAAUGGUACCUGUGGGGCUGGCGGCAGUUCUCCGGUCGCCGCCUUGAUCAAGCCGCAAGCCCUCAUAUCCUCCUACAUCGAGAGGCCGGGGAUGGACGCCUCGAGUUUCUUGUGUGGGAGCCGAUUUGGCGCUCGGAGGGUGACAUUGUGA